UACAGCUUCACUUUAAAAUGUGCCACAGAAACCAUUUAUCAACGCUUUUCUAACCAUCGUUAAUCGUGUUUUGAAAAAUACGUUGCAUUAUACUUGGCAACAAAAAUCAUAACAAUUUGUUUUUAAUGUUAUAUUUUUUGACUGCAUACAGUAGUAGUAGACCUUCUGUAUCAUAUUUUGGCCAAAGCACAUUAUACCACAUUUUAUAAUUAUCAACUUUUAUAUUGUGUACAACAAUGGGAGACGCCAUCAACUUUUCAGCUUUUGGGGGUUUAGGAGGAGUGGGCAGCAUCAAGGGUCUGCUGGCUACCAAGAAACUAGCGAGACAGUUGAGACUUAAAUGUGAUGAGCUGCACGCCAAGGGAAAAUAUUACCAAGACACGUCUGUUCAGCCUCCACCUCCUGAGAAGUACGAGAAGCCGAAGAAGGAGUUCCAGAACACCUUCCGACUGAAGAGGGAGACCAACGAGUUCCCCAGUCCCUUCAGCAUCUACAAGACUAAGAUGGAAGAAGCCAUCACUGAGAUUAUGAAAUCGAAGCUGGGCCCAUUGGAAGAGUACAAGGCUGACAUCUGCGAGAAGGCCUCGUGUGACAUCUCGGACGAAGUGAAACAAAAGGCGAAGGGUUUCAACUGCGAGCGCACUCGUUUCGUUGUGUUCACUGUCGUCGGACAGAACAAGCGCCAGGCGGUGCGAUGCUCCGGGAGGACCAUAUGGGACGCCGAGACGGACACUUCGUUCACUGUGCAUUACAUGCACAAGAACAUCUUCGCUUAUUGCACCAUUUACGCCGUGUACCUCGAGUAAAAACAACAGAAAUACUUUUUAUAGUCAUAUUUGCGAAUAUUAUAUAAGCCAUUUUGACAAUUAAAGCUCACUACUACUGUACAA